CACAGUUCUCUCAGCUUCUCUGCAACCAACAUCAACAUGAGACUGAUCCUCCUAGUGGGCGCCCUCGCGGCUUUGGCCUCCGCCGUCCCCCGUCCAGACUCUCCUCCCGUCUACGGAGCUCCUCCCCCGACCUACAAGCAGCCAGGAAUGCCCUUCGACUUCGCCUACGCCGUCCAGGAUGACUACUCUGGCAACAACUACGCCCACCAGGAGACCAGCGACGGUCACGUCACCUCCGGAUCGUACAGCGUGGCUCUUCCCGACGGUCGAACCGAGAUCGUGGAAUUCACCGCCGAUCACGACAACGGCUACGUCGCUAACGUCGUCUACGAGGGGGAGGCCUCCUACCCCGCCCCUGCCCCCUCCUACCAUCCUGCCCCCUCUUACCCCGCCCCCGCUCCCUCCUACCCUGCUCCCCCACCCCCACCCACCUACGCCUAAACGCACCACAUUAACACAAGUUCACCGGUAAAGCUGAAAGCAUGAAAUCGAAAAUUCCCACCAAAGGCAAACCGCAAACAAAACCCAAUGUUUAUUCCUUGCUCCUCAUUCAUAAAUUUUCUUGUUGUUACGUUUGUAAUACAUUCAGUCUGUCACUAUUGCCAUAUGUUAAGUGCUGAUGGACGAAUGCUAUUUGGCACUUUGAUUAUAUUAAGUUAUUCUUAUAAAUAAAAGCUGAUUUACGAAAA